UCUCCCCUUCCCUAUGUGAGGUCACUGAACGGAAGCUCGGCCUCUUUCCGGCGGGGGACCUGAGAUAGGCUGUGCAGUCAUGAAGCUUAAUAUCUCUUUCCCGGCCACUGGCUGCCAGAAGCUGGUUGAAGUUGAUGAUGAACGCAAGCUGCGUACCUUCUAUGAGAAACGUAUGGCCACGGAAGUUGCAGCUGAUCCCUUGGGCGAGGAAUGGAAGGUAAGGAAUUGUUUUUGUAGCUUCACAGAAUGCAAUGACAAGCAAGGUUUCCCCAUGAAACAGGGUGUUCUCACCCAUGGACGUGUCCGUCUGCUGCUGAGCAAGGGCCACUCCUGUUACCGCCCCAGGAGGACUGGCGAGCGCAAGCGCAAGUCUGUGCGUGGUUGUAUUGUGGAUGCCAACUUAAGUGUGUUGAACUUGGUUAUUGUCAGGAAAGGAGAGAAGGACAUCCCUGGCCUUACAGACAGCACUGUUCCACGUCGUUUGGGGCCCAAAAGGGCAAGCAGAAUCCGCAAGCUCUUCAACCUGUCCAAAGAAGAUGAUGUGCGCCAAUAUGUGGUUAGGAAGCCUCUCGCUAAGGAAGGGAAGAAGCCCAGGACUAAGGCCCCCAAGAUCCAGCGUCUUGUAACACCUAGAGUUCUUCAACACAAGCGCAGACGUAUCGCCCUGAAGAAGCAGCGGACUCAGAAGAACAAGGAGGAAGCAUCGGAGUAUGCCAAGCUCCUUGCAAAGAGAACAAAGGAAGCCAAGGAGAAGCGCCAGGAGCAGAUUGCGAAGAGGCGUAGACUUUCAUCACUGAGAGCCUCCACAUCUAAAUCUGAAUCCAGCCAGAAGUAAAGCCUCAUGGCUUAAAUAAAUUUUGUUGUAAAUGAC